AUGGUGGGGGGGGGGCCUGGCCCCGGCUCGUCUCCCCCAGCACCCACAGGUGCCGUGGCACCCGCCGACCGCAGCUUCCCGUCACGGGGCCGGCCCCGUGCCGGCUGGCCACCUGCCCGGCACGCACCGCCGGCGAGGCCGGAGCGUGGCGGAGCUCGUCGGCGCUGGCGGUGUUGGCGGGGUCGGCGACGGCGGGGCGAACCGGCGGUGAGCCGAAGCGACCGGGCGGUGGGGGCCCUGUUAGGGCUCCUGCUCUGUUUGGCGGUGGGGUUGGCGGUGGCCUGGCACCAUCUCUGCCGGCUCUCGGCCGGCCGUUACCAUCCUCGCCCCAUGGGUCGGCGGGCGCUGGCGCUGCUGCGGGGACGCUGGCACCGGUUGCGGGGACGCGGCGGCCCCGCGGCGCAACCCUGCCGGGGGGACGGGGAGAUGGCGACGACGGCCCCCCAGGAUGAGGAAGAAGAGCUGAUGCCGUGGAGCCAGGAGCAGCGGCCGGAGGAGGAAGAGGAGGGUGAGGAGGAAGAGGAGGACGAGGAGGACAAGGAUGAGCAGGAGGAGGAAGAGGAGGAAGAGGAGGAAGAGGAGGCCGGGGAGAGCCCCCCGGGCGGGGGGCAGGCGGCGGGGGGCAGCGCCGGGGCCCUGCUCGGCGACCUCCACGCUUUCUCGGGGACGGCGGCCUGGGGGGACGCGCGACCCCACGUCACAGCCCUGUGACCCCCCCAU